AGACAUGCGCAAGGCUGACCUCUAAGCGCAAGUAACAUUUUUAGGUUAUGAUUAUUUAAUUUUCCCUUCUAAUGUAAAUUGAAAUUCUUAUCAGUUUUUGGAGGUCGUCUUGUCAUUUAUGUAAUAACAUUCAAGCAGGUACUUAGGGUUCUGAGAUCGUUUUUUAAAAUGGCACAUUUGGCAGCACAGAAAAAACCAAUAACUGAAAGCAGCCCAGCCACUUCAAAUGAUGGAGUUAAGGCGGUGCUUUUAGGGCCCCCUGGUUCAGGCAAAGGAACGAUGGCGGCUUGGUUGAAAGAUAAAUUUUGCGUUUGCCAUCUUUCAACAGGAGAUAUGUUACGAGCUGAAAUAUCUUCCGGAUCCGAAUUGGGAUCCAGGCUUAAAAAGGUCAUGGAUGAAGGAAAGUUGGUUAGCGACGAUUUGGUCGUUAAUAUGAUCGACAAGAAUCUGGAUAAGCCAGAAUGUAAAAAUGGAUUCCUCCUUGACGGAUUUCCUAGAACUGUGGUGCAAGCUGAAAAGCUUGAUAAUUUGUUGGAUAAAAGAAAUACGCAACUUGAUGCAGUUGUUGAAUUUGGAAUUGAGGACAGUCUAUUGUUUCGCCGAAUCACUGGGCGUCUGAUUCAUCCAGCAAGUGGCAGAUCAUAUCAUGAGGAGUUUGCACCACCAAAAAAACCCUUGACAGAUGAUAUAACUGGAGAACCUUUGAUCAAACGCUCUGAUGAUAAUGUAGAGGCUUUAAAGAAGAGAUUGGCAACAUAUCAUAACCAGACCAAACCUCUGGUGGAUUAUUAUCAAAUUAGAGGUAUUCAUUACCGCGUCGACGCUGCUCAAGCAGCCAAAGAUGUGUUUAAGAACAUAGACAAUAUUUUUAUAAAAAAAUCUGCAAAGAACGUAGCCUCGAGACUUUAAAAGAAGUUUAUUUUUAGAUUUUCCCAUCCUUAAAAACGUAUUUGCAUUUUUAGUUACUUUUUUGUUUAAAAUUCAAACAAAUAAAAUCGGUGUUAAGGCAUACCAAAUUGGAAACUUUUUGUGUGAUUCUGGUUUAAUUAAAAAUUGCAUUAAUGUGA